UACAUGAAUAGGAAGAUGUGGGUGCUCUAAUCGACUAAUGCUCCUCCUCACAAAAAUCAAAGCAAAACAAAUCCAUCUCCAUGUUAUUGUUAUCCAAUUACAACAACAACAUCCAAACAACAACAUGAACAUCUUCAUUGGCAAUGAUGGAGACACAAACAUGGACGACAAGAAGAAUGAGCAAUCCAAGAUUACUAUCACUAGACUCAAACGAUCAACUUCUAGACAUUCCAUCAACACCACCAAGUGAUCAAAGAAACAACAACAACGUAAUCGAAUCCAACAAUUUUCUAACAACAUGUUUCAUAAUCGCCUCACUGUACUUCUCCAACACCGGGUGUUCUUCUUCUCAGCUUCUACGGUUACCGUUACCCCAUUUUUCUCACAAUGCUCCACAUGCUAUCCUGCGCUGCCAUUAAUCGUUCCGUUUCAGCAAAUCCAUUCCAAGAAACAGUUCCUCAAGAUCCUCGCGCUCAGCGCUAUUUUCUGCUUCUCAGUUGUUUGUGGAAAUAAGUACUAUUUAAUGACUCGACCCAGGCCCGUUUUCACAUAAUUAGGGUUCUUUAAAGAAAAAAACCCUUAAAAACUGAAGCGCCCAUAAAUUGGAACGGACGAUUUUACUGAUUUUUGCCUUCCGAGUUUAACACCGAGUCAGCACACCAAUCUCGUUUCUUUUUUUUUUUUUUUUUUUGGUUUUGUUGAGCAACUAUUCCUUAACUCCCAAUGGAUGCCAAGAUAGACACAGCAGAAAAGAAGCUGCUGGUUGAUAUUGUAAAAUUGGUACAACAAAAAGGCAUGAAGGGUAAAAUGGGAGGCUGGAAAGAAUUCUUGAACAGUCAUGAUAAGAAAUUUGGGGCAUCUUUGAGUGAUCCAUCAAAGAGGUCCCAUCAGCUUUUGGCUCAAUUUCUCAAGACAUUCUCAACUCAAGAGGAUUUAAAGUUUUUUGAUAACAUCAUGCGCUAUCCUUCAAAUCAACGCACGAUAGAGCGACUGAAAGAUAGAUCUCAUGAUUUCCCUGAGCAGAGUCUAGUCCAAGCAACUCGCCAGCACCCUCGGCACGCAAAGGAUUAUUCAUUGCCAUCCACUGACAAGGGAUGGUUAGUGAUAAACAUUAAAGAGAAGUCCAAGGGGAUAAAAUCUACUGCAAUGCUUGCUGUUGAUUGUGAAAUGGUUCUUUGCGAAGAUGGGACUGAAGCAUUAGUCGAAGUUUGUGUUGUAGAUCACAAUUUAGAGGUCAAACUACGCGAACUUGUUAAACCGGAGAAAGCAAUCAAAGACUACAGAACAGAGAUUACCGGCGUCUCUUCUAAAGAUCUAGAGACCGUGACUCGCUCCUUAGCUGAUAUACAAAAAUUGAUGAAGAAGUGGUUAUCCAGUGGAGCCAUAUUAGUUGGACACAGUUUGCAUAAUGAUCUACGCGUGCUGAAGCUAUAUUAUGAUAGAGUGAUCGACACUGCAUACAUUUUCCAACCCAUGGAUGGAGCUACUCACAGGAGACCUUCAUUAAAUAGUUUGUGUCAGGCUGUGUUAGGCCACGAAGUUCGGAAAAAGGGUGCUUCACAUGAUUGUCAAGAUGAUGCAUGUGCAACAAUGAAACUUGUUCUUGCAAAGAUCAAACAUGAUAUUGAUAAGCCAUUUCCGUUAACGGUUCAAGAGCUUGUUUCAGAAAGUGAGAUGUCGAAGCUGCUUAUUCACAGAAUACCAACCACUGUGACCUGUGAAACGCUACACGAAAUUGUUCCUGGAGACUUCACAAUAGAAGAAAAGUCUACCCGGAGUGGUGCCGCAGACAAGUAUUCUGCCUUAGCUAUCUUUAAGAGUCAACGAGAAGCACAUGAGGCAUAUGAAAAUGUGCAAGGCAUGCAAAGAGAGGAUUCAAAUGGGCUUCAACAGAAACGUGUAACAUGUCAGCUGAGUACGGGUAUAAAUGUCUGUGUAUUUGUUCGGAAAAUGAGAAUUGAUAAUCACCGCAAAAAAUUGCUGCCAGAAGAUGAUACACUUGCCACUAACAAGAACAAGAAAUUCAAAUUGUUAUGAAAGAUUUACAACUGAAACAUGAAAUUGAAAAGAAGAAGAAGGCCCACUUGAAGGAGAGAUUGAAGCACCACUUGAAAUUUGUUUCACGUUUUUCAUAUUUUUUCUUUUUUGAAGAGGUAUGCAUAAAAUGAUAUAUGUUUUCCAUAAAUUCAAGUUUAAUCAUAUAGAAUUCCACCAAUAUUUAUUUUUAAAUAAAUAUGCCCAAAUUAUAUAAUAUGUAUAUGUAUGUAUUCUUAGUUCUACUAAAAAUAAAAUAAAAUAAAAUAUUUCACUUAAAUUCUUUUAUAUUCGUUAGAACACUAAUUUGUGUAAGUAAUGGAUUAUAAUUUGUGUAAGU